AUGGCGACUGUAUUCUCCAGAAAAAACAAGCCGGGAGAAACAUCCAAUCUCCUGGCUAAUCUCGAAACACCAAAGAAGGCACCCAUCGUCACGGACAGUGAGAUUCCCACACUGGGAGAACCAUCGGAAGAACGACGGUUCUGGUUUCAGAAAGCCAGGAAAUAUGAUCCCACUGCUGUUGCAACGCAGCCGUCUGUGUUUGACGAUCCAGAAACGGCCAAACAGUACCAGCCGCGAGAUGACUGGGAGAAUCUGCAUCGGUUUGACCCGUUGGCACGAUGGACGUGGGGAGAGGAGAAUAAACUCAUCCGCAAGAUCGAUCUACGCAUUAUGGUCUUUGCGUGUAUAGCUUUUAUGGCGCUGGAGUUGGAUCGCGCGAAUCUCAACCAGGCGUUGACCGAUAACUUUUUGAAUGAUUUGGGAUUGACGACAGAUGACUACAACCUUGGCAACACCGUUUUCAAACUGUCGUUUCUCUGCGCAGAACUCCCCUCGCAGCUGGUCAGCAAAUGGAUCGGACCAGACAGAUGGAUUCCAUCGCAAAUGACGCUCUGGUCUGUCGUCGCCAUGGCGCAGUUUGCUCUUUCUGGACGGACUUCGUUUCUCGUCUGCCGUGCCCUGUUGGCCAUUCUGCAGGGUGGUUUUAUUCCUGAUAUCAUCCUCUAUCUAUCCUACUUUUACAAACACCAUGAACUCUCCAUUCGGCUGGGCUUUUUCUGGACUGCCAUGUCAGUUGCCGAUAUCCUGGCCAGCUUUAUUGCCUUUGGACUGCUGCAUCUCCGCGGAUUGAAUGGCCAUUCUGGAUGGCGAUAUCUCUUUCUCUUCGAGGGUCUUUUGACUCUUCUCGUCGGACUGUCGGCCUUUAUCUUCAUGCCUCCUGGGCCAACGCAGACUUCAGGCUGGCUAAGAGGAAAGAAGGGCUGGUUUAGCGAAAGAGAAGAAACAAUCAUCGUCAACCGGGUCAUCCGCGACGAUCCCAGCAAAGGCAGCAUGCACAAUCGCCAGCCCAUCACGCCUCGUCUGCUCUGGCGCAGCAUGCGAGACUACGAUCUCUGGCCCAUGUACAUCAUCGGCCUCACCUUUGAAACCCCCAUGACCACGCCCCAGCAGUAUCUCACUCUCAUCCUCAAGCAGAUGGGCUUUGGCACGUUCAAAUCAAAUCUCCUCACCAUUCCCACCAAGGUCUUGGGCAUCUGCACGAUGCUCGGCCUGACGUAUCUGUCUGAAGUAUGGGGGAAUCUGACCCUUACCUCGGUUAUCGGCCAGAUCUGGGCAUUGCCGCUCUUGAUAUACUUGAAUACGGUUGAUUUGACAGCGACGAAUCGCUGGUCGGCGUGGGUGGUUAUGACGCUGCUUUUGUGUUAUCCAAAUGCACAUCCCAUCCAGGUCAACUGGAACUCUCGUAAUUCGAAUACCGUCCGCUCGAGAACUGUCUCUGCAGCGUUGUAUAACAUGUUUGUGCAGACGUCUGGAAUCAUCGCAUCGAAUAUAUAUCGUGCUGAUGACGCCCCUCGCUACCGUCGUGGAAAUCGUAUCCUGGUUGCUUUAUGCUCGACUAACAUCGUCAUCUAUCUCUUGACCAAAGUCUACUACACGUGGAGGAACAACAGCCGCGAUAAGAUCUGGAAUGCGAUGAGCGAAGAGAAGAAGUUGGAGUAUUUGCAGACGACGACAGACGAGGGGAGCAGGAGGUUGGAUUUUCGGUUUGCCAAUUAG